AUGCGCAGGAAAGCUGCGGCUGACCGCGCCGAGAAGACCGCGAACCUGCGACCAAGCAGCACAAGGGCGGCAGGUGCUGGCGGCAGCUCAAGCACUAUGCUGAGGCUAUACACCGAUGAGUCCCCCGGUCUGAAGGUCGACCCUGUCGUGGUCAUGACCCUGUCCGUUGUCUUCAUCUUCAGCGUUGUCGCUCUUCACGUCAUCGCCAAGGUCAUGCGCCGAUUCUCCGCAUAA